CAAUCAGCGGCACCGCGGAUCCAAGCUUCUGAAGUCUUUACCAGACCAUUGGGACUCAGUUCUCCUCCUCAGACCCUAAGGGUCUGGGGCAUGGGCCCCCGAACCCUCGCAUUGUUGUUGUCGGGGGCCCUGGCAGUGGCCGAGACCUGGGCGGGCUCCCACUACCUGAGGUAUUUCUCCACCGCGGUGUCCCGGCCCGGCCGCGGGGAGCCCCGGUACUGGGAAGUCGGCUACGUGGACGACUCGCAGUUCGCGCGGUUCGACAGCGACUCUGCCAGUCGGAGGAUGGAGCCGCGGGCGCCGUGGGUGGAGCAGGAGGGGCGGGAGUAUUGGGACCAGGAGACGCGGAGGGUCAAGCACAACGCGCAGGCUUUCCAAGUGAGCCUGAACGCCCUGCGGGGCUACUACAACCAGAGCGAGGCCGGGUCUCACACCUUCCAGUGGACUUCUGCCUGCGACGUGGGGGCCCACGGGCGUCUCCUCCGCGGGUAUCAGCAGUGGGCAUACGACGGCGCGGAUUACAUCGCCCUGAACGAGGACCUGCGCUCCUGGACCGCGGCGGACACAGCUGCGCAGAUCACCCUCCGCAAGUGGGAGGUGGCCGGUGAGGCAGAGCGCUACAGGAACUACCUGGAGGGCACGUGCGUGGAGUGGCUUCGGAGGCACCUGGAGAACGGGAAGGAGACGCUGCUGCGCUCAAAACCCCCCAACACACACGUGACCCACCACCCCAUCUCUGACCGUGAUGUCACCCUGAGGUGCUGGGCCCUGGGCUUCUACCCUGUGGAGAUCACUCUGACCUGGCAGUGUGAGGGAGAGGACCUGACCCAGGACACAGAGCUUGUGGAGACCAGGCCUGCAGGAGAUGGGACCUUCCAGAAGUGGGUUGCUGUGGUGGUGCCUUCUGGAGAGGAGCAGAGAUACACAUGCCAUGUGCAGCAUGAGGGACUGUCUGAGCCCAUUACCUUGAGAUGGGAGCCUCCUCUUCCCAUCGUCCUCAUCACAUGGAUCAUUGCUGGUCUGGCUCUCCUUGUGGUCCCUGUGGUGAUUGGAGCUGUGAUCUGGAGGAAGAAGUGCUCAGUAUCCCACGGUCUUUGUUAUAACCUCACAGUGGUGUCCCAGGAUGAAUCUGUGCAUCGGAGAAUUUUUGCUGAAAGACACUUGGAUGGUCAGGCCUUCCUGCACCAUGACAACAAGAAAGAUGUGGCAGAGUCACAGAGAUUAGGGGCCGAAGCAAUCCAGGGACCUGAGACAUGGGCAACAGAGACCAAGGGCUUGAGAGACACCGGGAAGGAAUUCAGAAUGAGUCUGGAAGACCUCCUGGCCCUGCAGGCCCCAAGAAGAGCCCAAGAACCCACCCAUCAUGCCCCGUCCUCAGCAUCAACAUGUGGAUCCAAGAAAGUGAGGCCUGGAUCCCAGGGACAUCCUCCAGUCCAAAGGAACUGGACCCCAGGGUGCAGAACAAACUUGGAGAAGGUCUGGGGUCAAUGAAGGCCUCAGCAAGAGGUAAAAAGAUGGGAGAAGCAGCUCUCUUCUCUCUGUUUCCCUUAGAGGGGAGCAGGGCUCAGCCAUGUGCCUCAUUGGCUCUGUGCUUUCUCCCCAGUGCCCCAAACAGAGAACGUGUUCUGCAGCCAGCCCUUGGAGGGCUUGGUCAGCCUAAUAUUCUGGGCUUUCCAUUUCUCUCCUGGGAAUAUCUCCCUGACCUGACUUCAGGAUCAGGAACCCCUGAGCCAGGAUGCCUAGCAGGUUAGGGGAGUCCUGCCUAGUGGAAAUGGGACCUACUGGACAUGGGGGACCAUAAGGGUCCCUCAGGGAAAGGAGCAGAGUUUCACUUGCUGCAUGGAAGCCACAGUCCACCCUGUGCACUCCAGUGGGCCUCAGGUGAUCGUGGAGGGGGCUCUG